AUCUCUGCAUACUGUAUGUCGAUUAAAAAAUGGCUCACCACCAAAGUUUUUAAUUAAUUUACCAAAAUAAUAAAAAACACCAAAGUUCAAAAAAGGAAAAUUGCACGGCUAAGUUCACACAUACCUUGCGGUGGCUUGCGUAUGCUUGCACGAAUGUGCUGGAAUUAAAAUCUCGUGAAAUUUAUAAACAUAAUUUUACUUCUGGCAAAUUCACGAGAAAAUAUUACCAAACAGACUGGAAGAAUUUCUUUGUAUUCUCCACAUUUUUUUUACUAACAGGAGAGUGUCAUUAGGAAAUAAUUUUAUUCUGCCAAAAAAAUAUUAAAGUUUACCAUGGAUGAUGAUGAUCAGUACCAAGCUGGUUACGAUGUUGGUUCCUUUCCAAAAGACUUUGGAUAUACUACAUUUGAUGGCGAAGGAGAUGGACCUGCAGGUCUAUUGGCUGGAGAACAAAAACCUAGAAUACUUCUAAUGGGACUUCGAAGGAGUGGAAAAUCAUCAAUACAGAAAGUUGUUUUCCAUAAAAUGUCCCCAAAUGAAACUCUUUUCUUAGAAAGUACUAACAAAAUUAUUAAAGAUGACAUUAGUAAUUCAAGUUUUGUACAAUUUCAAAUUUGGGAUUUCCCGGGACAGAUCGAUUUUUUUGAUCCAACAUUUGACAGCGAUAUGAUUUUUGGUGGUUGUGGAGCUUUGGUUUUUGUCAUUGACGCUCAGGAUGACUAUAUGGAUGCUCUCAACAAGUUACAUAUGACUGUAACGAAAGCUUAUAAAGUAAAUCAAACUAUUAAAUUUGAAGUGUUUAUACAUAAAGUAGAUGGUUUAUCAGAUGAUUAUAAGAUGGAAACUCAGAGGGAUAUACAUACAAGAGCAAAUGACGACCUUGCUGAUUCUGGUUACGAUCAAAUACAUUUAAGUUUUCAUUUAACAUCUAUUUAUGACCAUAGUAUAUUUGAGGCAUUCAGCAAAGUUGUACAGAAAUUGAUACCUCAGUUGCCUACACUAGAAAAUCUGCUCAAUAUACUUAUUUCAAAUUCAGCGAUAGAAAAAGCAUUUCUAUUUGAUGUCGUGUCGAAAAUAUAUAUAGCAACGGAUAGUUCACCCGUUGACAUGCAAAGUUAUGAACUUUGUUGCGAUAUGAUAGAUGUCGUAAUUGAUGUCUCAUGUAUUUACGGGUUGAGGGAAGAUUUGGAAGCAGCAGCGUUUGAUAAUCAAAGCUCUAGUUUAAUUAAAUUGAAUAAUGGUACUAUUCUUUAUUUACGGGAAGUGAAUAAAUUUUUGGCUUUGGUUUGCAUCCUUCGUGAGGACAAUUUCGACAGGCAAGGAGUGAUUGACUAUAACUUUUUAUGCUUUCGUAAAGCGAUACAACAGGUUUUUGAACUCCGCAAUAAAGCUCUCGCAGCUGUGAAUGCCAACAAUCACUCAGCUUCUCCCGUAAGCGUAAAUGAGCCAUCAACUGAAACUGCGCUGCCUCAAACGGGAACUCUUGUUCAAUCUGGGACGUUAGGCCAAAAUGGCACUGUGGCAGUCACACAAAGUUAAUUCAUAUUAGGUUUGAAAUUCAUAUAGAUUACUGUAACCUUUGCGUUACUUUCUAUACAUGUAUGACAUUGAUUGCGAUGCGGUUACAGUUUCUUUUCUUUCUUCUAUUAAAGAAUUGACGUCGUUGCUUUUUUUUAUCUGUUUUCUCUAAACAAAUAUGUACAAUGGGCAAAGGAAAUUUAUAAAUAGAAGUUCUAUUACACACUA